GGUGGGUGGGCACAGACUCGCUCUCUCCCUCUCCCUCUCUCUCUCCCUCUGUACCGUAUAAGUACAGAUGUGUGAUGGAGAGAGACCCCAUCAUACCGCAGUUCGCUUUUUACGCAGUGGAGGAGAUGAGCGCUCGGAUAGCGAGAUCCAACCCGGCCAUGAAACUGAUCGUGCUCUUCACAGCUUCUCUUUCCUGGGCCUUCCAGCAACAGGAAGUCCUGCCGAAGUACCAGCACCGCGACCCUGUGACGUCCGAAUUCCUCCUGUGCGACCAGUGUCCUCCUGGCACGGCCGUGAAGCGACACUGCACCGCUGACACGCCCACAGAGUGCCAACCCUGUCCCGAGAGGCACUUCGCUGAGAACUGGCACUGGGGGGAUACGUGUCAAUACUGCACCUCGGUGUGUAAGGAGAGGCAGCUCGUGAGGCAGCAGUGCAACAGCACCCAUGACCAGCUGUGUGCGUGUGCCCCAGGUUUCCACCUAGUGGUGGAGUUCUGCAUCACACACAGUACCUGUCCACCUGGCUACGGAGUGACAGCUUUAGGUACACCAGUGAGCGACACGGCGUGUGAGCACUGUCCGCCUGGUCAUUUCUCCGCCGGCAGCUCGGCCACCGAGCCGUGUCAGCGCCACAGAAACUGCUCGGAUUUGGGCCUGAAGACGCUGAGGUGGGGCACGUCCACUUCAGACAGCCUCUGCGGCAGCCAGGACAAGGCGGCAACACUGGAGUGCUCCCAGCAUCACACUCUGUGCCACACUGAUGUGACUCUGUGUGAGGAGGCAGUGUUCCAGUCUCUCGCCUCGCUGCAGCUGUCCUCAGUGCCCCUGGAGCGGCUGUUGGAGAGUCUCCCGGGCCGGAGGGUGGAUCGUAAGAGCCUGGAGAGGCUGAAAAAGGCCUGCUCCCCUCACCAGCAGGUCCUCCACCUGCUGCGACUGUGGAGGGAGCAGAACAAGGACCAGGACAAGCUGUACGGCAUCAUACGAGGUGUGAACCACUGUGAGAGGAAGGUCUCUCGCUGCAACAGCCUGAAGAACCUGACCCUAGACGACCUCCUGCAGGUCACCAACAGCCUGCCGGGGGUGAGGGUUCAGCAGGAGGACGUCCGGGCUUUGGUCUCGACCUGCCUGCCCAGGCAGUACAUCCUGCAGCUUCUUCACCUCUGGAAGACGGCAAACCACGACCUGGAUCUAGCCAAAGGCCUGUCUCACAGUCUGAGGGUGCUGCGCAGCCAGGGGGCACCGCGCUACCUGCUGAAGGGCCUGAAGAAGAUCAGCCGCAUCAUAGGAACCACCUCAGCGCACAAGUUGUAUGAGAAGAUGUUUGUCAGUAUGCUGCAGGACGAGUUGUGUUUUAAGGGCCAUAAGCCGUUAAAUGAAUAAGGAAGCAGGUACAGGAAACAGGAAUAUAUGCAGAAACACACACACACACACACACACACACACACACACACACACACACACACACACACACACACACACACACACACACACACACACACACACACACACACACACACACACACACACACACACACACACACACACACACAGAACCUGGGGCAUAAAGGUAUGUGAAAGAGUAACAGACAUGGGUCACAUGAUAAUUUCAGGUCUUCAAGAUAUCACCAAAUGAUAUCAAGCUAUGCACAUAGUGCCAAGAGGUAUUUUGUCAAAAAAGAAAAGUGGAAAGAUAAAUUAUUCUUCCUGUCACUGGUGUUCUAUCAAAUUAUUAUUGAUUAUAUGAGGUGACACAUGAUGAUAAAAACUACAGUAAAAAGUAAAAACUUCUAUCUAUAUAAAGUAUCCGUCUGCAGUUAUAAAUCGAAUAAGAAUUGAUAUAAUAAAGAAAACCUAUUUGACAUCUGUGUACUCAAGGCAGACUAAAUCAAAAAGUUAAAAAAUAUUAUAUUUCCUGGAAACCUUUUGACCAGAGUCUGUGAAAAAAAGAAACUAUUUAAGAUGUAAAUAGCAAACUGUUUUAUGGAAGAUGGGCUGUUUUUAUUAUUGUUGCUUUCUCGCUGUUUGAGAGGAAGGAUUUGGUUUCAUAAUGAAAUACAUGUAAUUUUCUACAGUUUCGCUUGGUUUGUUUGUUGGUUUGUUCUGGACUGCUGGCAAGUAAAGCUCGUCUGAAUUUUUAUUUUUAAAUUGUCAGCUUUAUGAAUGUACAAAGGAGUGCAAUUGUUUUCUAUUUAAAAAAAUGUAGUUUCUGAACAUGUAAAAGCUUGUUUUUUUAAUUACUUCAUCAGAAAUACUGGAUUCCAAAUGCUGCAAGUUCAUGAAGUGAUAUUUGUUUUAUAUUUUGUUUUAUCACUUUUAUAUUGUUAAAUGUAUGAUCUUUAUUGUAUAUAUGCUUGACUGGUUCUCUUUAAGCUCGUGUAACUUGUGAACACUAAUGUCAAAUGAUCUGAUUAAAAUCAGUUUGUAAAAAAUA